AGACCAUAAUGCAUAGGCCCGAUAGGGUCACUGUCAGGGCCAAAAUGUAGCAUGCAGGGCACUUCUUUUCUCAACCAUUUCUCUCCUCGGCUUUGAUGUUGUAGUGGCAAAAUGGCACCUUCGAAACAUGCUUCCCUAGUUCUGCUGCUGCUGUUCGGGGUAAGCUGCACUGGCUUUGCAAAACCAGCAUACAAGCACCUUGCUGGAGGACCGAGCGAGUUUCUUCCGCCAGCAGAUCCUGCAUCGGCUGCUGUCGAAUCGCAUAUUCGACUGCUGCGCGAUUUUCAGCUGAGCCCCGAAUCGGACAUCGCAAGCGAGGAGCAGCAAUUUCUCGUGGACAGCAAGGACUUCACGUUUGUCAUUCUCAGCUCAUCGGAUGGGCACUUGAGUGAUAUCGAGGCUAGUUUCCGCUCUCCCAAUGGCAAAGCAAUAGCGCCUUCAUACGUAUCCGGAGGGCCUUUCGGACUUGGCGGAAAUGCAUACCCCAGUAAAUCCCUGUAUUUCAACGAUGUUCAACAUGGCGAGUGGUCUGUGACACUGCAGCGUAGCGAGAAGUCCAAGAUCUCAGCCGGCGACGAGCCACUCAAGGCGUUCACAUUCGUCACGUUUUCGGACGGCGAUUCGCCUGUGUCGGUGUCUGUAUCGGCCGGUUCUCUGAACACCUUGGUCGGUGAAUCGUUGGAGCUGCGCGCUGUCGUGAGGGACCCGACUAGCCAGUCAGCUGUGCAAGGCGAUGGCGGCACGCCGCCAUGUGCUCCCAAUCAAGCCCGAGUUGAAACGGUGGAUCUGAUGGUGCGACAUCCGUCAGGAAAGACCACCAGGGAGCCCAUGCACAACGAUGACUCCAGCACGAAUAAGCUCACACCAGCUUUUGUUGCCAGCCUGGCAUUGGCAGAGGUCGGUAGCUAUCAAGCCGAGGUUGUUGUGCAAGGUCAGCGAUGUGAUGGCAAGGUUUAUGAGAGGACGGCAUGGUACUGGCUGACGGCUGUGGAGAAGAGCGCUACUCUCUCUGGUCAUGUUAUUGUCACGCCAUCCACAGCUGAGUACCACCGUGAUGUCAUCGCAGAGCAAGUAACCAUCAACUUGCUGCUUGGUGCUCCCAAGCUCAAUGCUGUUCCUGCUAGUCCCCCGUAUCGUGUCUAUGCAGAGAUUUUUAGCGACGAUGCGAAGAGCGGCAACAACUCGGCAAUACCUGUAGCUUGGAUUGGUGGUCUGUCGGACGUGUCCGAGGUCCAGUCAAGCCCUGCACUCUCCCUUCACCUGGACACGUCUUGGCUGCAGGGACACGGCGGGCCUUUCCAGCUGCGCAACGUGCGAGUCGAGGAACUGGAGACCUACUCGACUGUAGCGUCAGUGGCUGUUCUUGACUUGCCGCUGGACCCGGAUACGGUGCGGCGAGUGGCAGCUAUGAAGCCGGUGGAAACCAUUACCAGAGCAAUGCGUCAAGGCUAUCACGUGGGACGUAAAGCUCACAACCGCACUGUCGGCGCUGCACAGGGACCGCUGCUAUUGGUACACGGCUACUGCGCUCCGGAGACACCAUUCACGCUGAGCGACUUUUCCGGAUACAGCGAGUUCCAGGACUACCGGAAGAACCGGCUUAUCUCCGACUUUGGCGUGCUGGUGGCCGAGUUUGCAGCGGAGCACGAUUCGUUUGGUAUUGUGGCCCACUCGCAGGGUGGUCUGGCUGUGCUGGACAUGUAUGCCUACCUAGCCACCGGACUAGACAAUGCUGUUGGUGAACGGCGUAUUCAGACGCUGGCCACCCCAUUCCGUGGCUCGCCGCUGUCCGGACUGCUGGCCAUCAUUGGUGACCUGCUUGGCUUUGGCUGUGGUGAUAAUAAGGACCUCAGCUACGACGGUACAACAAAAUGGCUUGCAGGUAUACCAGUGGACGCACGGUCCGAAGUCUACUACUAUACUGGGCAGUAUUCCACGGGCAAUCUGAUCAACUACUGCAUUCUGGCAGCCAAUGCUGUACUGUCCUGGCCCAAUGACGGCAUGGUGGAAUAUUCCAGGACUGAUUUGUCUGGUGGUCACGACAUGGGCCAUUCCAAAGGCCAGUGCCACUCCGUGGACAUGCGUGACCCACCCAUUGCCAAGAAUCACGAGCGGAAUGUUCUCAUGAACUCGCUGGCUGCUCGCUGAGUACUUCGGCAGCCUGCGGCCUGCUACUGUUUCUUUCAGUGCCCAUCUGUCCAACCACUGGAGGACCACUCACGGCCCUCAUUUUCUCUACUGAUCUCAAAUGAAGUGAUCAUUUCCAAGGAUUUUCCUUUUGUCGCUUUUAUCACUAGCAAAUUUGAAUCUCUAUUCAUGUGCAAACUGGCUGUGCGUUUGACAUCUCAAUUGACUGAAAACCUAUCUAUUCUGUAAGUAUUGCCAAUGUCAUAGUAUUCAUUAAUUUUAUGGAGGUGAAGCGUCCUCUUACCAUUUUCUUUUUCUCUGAGAAUAUUUACAGGUUUACAGUGUGCUUGUUGAUUUCCAUUUCAAUUUUCAUUUCAAUUUUCAUUUCAAUUUUCAUUUCAAUUUUCAUUGGCUUCCGACUUCAUCUCAAACACGCAAUCUGGUGGCAGACAACAAAUCAUCCUUGUGCAUAUUUAUUAUUCAUUAUUGUUGUGACACAUUUCAGUUUCAGAACAGCAGGUCUGUCUGUAUCUUUGUGUAAGUUUCUAUAAUAUUAUUUGAAUCAGCUCAUGAAUGAGAACUUUCUACUGCACUAGCGCAUGCCACA